ACAGACCUCCUGAUGGGAGGGGAAACCAGGUUUUUCAAUGAUUGUGUUUUUUGGAAUGUGAGGGGCAUGAAUAGGCCCCCCAAACAAAGGGAGUUAGGAAAGUAUUUGAGACAACAUCAAAUAAGUAUUGCUAGUAGUAUGGAGACUAAGGUGAAGGAAAACAACUUUGUAGCUAGUUUAGCAAGAAUUAGCAGAAGUUGGUGUUCGGCUAAUAUGUUACAUGUAUGCUCCUAAUGGUAGAAUUUGGCUGCUAUGGAAGGCUGAUGUAGUUAAUGUGACUAGAUAGAGACUCAAGCUCAGUUCAUCCAUUGUGCAGUGGUUGAUCGAAGGUCCUUAUUUAACUGUAUAAUGACAGUGGUGUAUGGAAGUAAUAGCAGGGAGGAGAGAAAGCUACUAUGGGAAGGACUCAUUCAGCUGAGUAGUACAGUGUCUGAGGCAUGGUGUAUCUGUGGUGAUUUUAACUCACCUUCGAAUUAUGAAGACAGAAAGGAAGGUCAGCCAGUGUCAGAUGCAGAGAUUAGAGAGUUCAGACAAGCUAGUGAUUAGAUAAAUCUUACAGAUAUGAAGUCCAAAGGUAGAUUCUACACUUGGACUAAUAGGCAUGUGUGGAGUAAGAUUGAGAGAGCUCUGUGUAAUGAUAGCGGCGCGGGUAAUAGAGUAUGAAAACUUUGACUGCUCAUUUUAAAGAAAACUAUUUUUCUGAUCAUUUUCCCAUAUAUUUGGAGUGUUCAACCAAUAGUCCUUAGAGAAGGAAACCUUUAAAAUUCCUCAAUGUGCUUGCAGAUGAUGAAAAGUUUUUACAAGUGGUGGCUGCAGCUUGUAGCAUGUAUAGAGUUUGGCAAAAACUAAAACACUGUAAGGAACCUCUUAAAGAGCUGAAAAAGAGUACUAGUGGUAGUGUGGACAUGAGAAUUAUGGAAGCUCAGGAACUGUUACAGGAUAUCCAGAUUCAAAUCAUCAUCAAUGACAAUCCUGGAUUAAUUGAAAUGGAGAAAAAGGCACAACAGGGACUAUACAAAUGGCUAGAUGUUCAGUAAAGGAUCUAUAAACGGAAGGCUAAGGCUCAUUGGAUCACUGCAGGUGGUGGAAAUAAUAGCUACUUCUUUAACUGUAUGAAAACUGGAGCUGGUUCUAACUCUAUAGUUGUACUCAAGAGACAGUAAUGAGAGAAUGCUACACUUUCAUCAGGAUAUUGAAGAAGAGGUACUGAAAUUCUAUAAGGGACUACUUGGGUCUAGAACUAAUGGCUUAUCAACAAUAAAUUUGACCACCAUGAGACAGGAGCCUUGUCUUACUGAAACUCAGCAGAGAAGAAUGUGUGCAGGUGUGACAAUGGGAGAGGUUAAAGCUGCUUUAUUUGAUAUAGAGGACAACAAAUCUCCUGGAAUAGAUGGGUUUAAUUCUGCCUUCUUUAAGAAAGCUUGGGAAGUGGUAAAGGAGGAUCUGUUUCUUACUGUCCAAGAAUUCUUCCAGUAUAACAAAAUGCUCAGGGCAGCUAACAAUACACUUGUAGCAUUAAUACCAAAAACUGGCCAGCCAGAAAGCAUAAGAGAUUACAGACCAAUUGCCUGCUGCACAACAAUGUACAGAAUCAUCUCUAAAAUUUUAUCAAAAGGGAUUAGGGAUGUGCUGAAUGAUAUUAUUGGAUAGAUUCAAUCUGCAUUUAUUCUCGGAGGCUUAUUACAGAUAAUAUUCUAUUGAGUCAUGAGCUAGUCGAGGGUUACACCAGGAAACACAUCUCUCCAAGAUGUAUGAUCAAGGUGGAUCUCCAAAAAGCUUAUGAUUCAGUCGAGUGGCACUUUGUAGAGCAGAUCCUGAAGGAGUUGGGGUUUCCACAAAGAAUGGUAAAGUGGAUCAUGAAGUGUAUAACCACUGUAAGCUAUACUUUCAUCAUUAAUGGGGGACUUUCUGACACUAUGCAAGCUAAGCGAGGUUAAGACAAGGUGACCCCAUAUCACCUUACGUAUUUGUCAUGGUGAUGGAAUAUUUAAACAAAUGCUUAGCGACACUGAAGGAAUUGCCUGAUUUCAACUAUCAUCCUAAGUGCCAUAAGCUGAAUAUUGUACAUCUGUGCUUUGCAGAUGACUUGCUCAUGUUUACUAAAGGGGAUGUUAGCUCAGUGCUUUAGGGAGAAGUUCAAUCUGUUUUCUGAAGCCUCAGGUCUGAAGGCUAAUCUGAACAAGAGUCAAGUGUACUUUGGAGGUGUCGGUGAGGAGGAUAUGACUGAGAUUUUGAAUGUGCUGGGGUAUGAAAUAGGUGAACUCCCUUUCAAAUAUUUAAGAGUUCCCUUAUCCACUAAAAGGCUUACAGUUCUACAAUGUAAACCACUGGUAGACAAGAUUACUUCAAGAAUUAAUAAUUAGAUGGCUAAAGGAUUGUCCUAUGGUGAUAGGCUCCAACUCAUUCGUUCUGUUCUGUUUGGAGUGCAAGCAUACUGGUCACAACUUUUUCUACUCCCACAAAAGGUCAUUAAGCUUAUUGAGGCCGCAUGUAGAAGUUAUUUGUGGACAGGACAAGCAGAUAUCUCUAAGAGAGCAUUAGUGGCUUGGGAUAAGAUUUGUUUUCCAAAAGGGGCAGGAGGCCUGCACGUAACUAAUUUGAAGAUGUGGAAUCAGGCAGCAAUCUGUAAACUUCUCUGGGCUUUGAGUUAGAACAAAUAAAAGUUAUGGAUCACUUGGAUUCAUACUUAUUACAUAAAAAGAUGUAGACUGGAGGAGAUGGAGGCACCCCAACAGGCAUCAUGGAUGAUCAGAAAGGUAUUUAACAUGAGGAAAUUCUGGCACAACAUCAUCACUAAUGAACAGGUUAUUCACAAAGGCAAGUUCCAGAUUGGCGCUACUUAUAAAAACUUAAGGGGGGAGGUAGAGAAUGUAGAUUGGAAGAAUCUUGUUUGUCGUAGUGCUGCUGGGCCUAAGCAAGUAUUUAUGUUAUGGCUAGCUCUUCAUGGUAAGCUUAGAACCAAAGACAAACUGGUGAGCUGGGGUGUUAUGGCUGUGUUCUUUAUGUCAAAAUGUGGAGGAAACUGUACAACAUUUAUUUUUUGAAUGCCCUUUCACAAGAGAAUUACGGCAGGACUUCCUCAAGUGGGUGUAUGGGUAACAUGCGAUACAGACAUGGGAAUUGGAGUGGACAUGGGUGAACAAGCAAGCACGAAAACUGAAGACUAGAGGACCUAUCUUGAAAGCUGGAUUGACUGCUAUAGUCUAUGCAAUAUGGAUUGAAAGGAAUGAGAGAUUUUUUCAGAAUAAAAGACGAGCUCGGGAAGCCAUCUUACAUGCUGUGAAGACUGGAUUGUGCAUCAGAUUUAGGACUAAUAGGAAAUUGUUUGAGCUUAUUUGUUCUCUGUAGUUACUGUAGGUGGAUAGGUGUGAGUUUCUAGUUUUUGCUAGGUGCUACUUGAGAAGGGAGGAUGCUGGUUGGCUCCUCCCCAGUUUUGUAAUUACUACUUGGUGAUUCUAAUAAAGUUAGUUUAAUUGCCAAAAAAAAAAGAAGGAUGAAAAGGGCAAAAUUAAAAACUACCCCAUUUGAAGGACAAUUCGUGCAAAUUUCUACAAAAAUGACAGCAAAACCAUAACCCCUUUCUUCACACUUAGCCUUGAAGAAAAAGAAACCAAAAUCCCAACAAAAAAACACACACAUAGAAAGCAAUCAAGCAUUUUGAAAAUGUUCAGGAUCCAAUACGAUACCGACGUAACAACAUGGUCACCAGCAGGUAGGCUAUUUCAAGUAGAAUACGCAAUGGAAGCAGUUAAACAAGGUUCAGCAGCAAUAGGUCUUCGAUCUAAAACUCACGCGAUACUCGCGUGUGUUAACAAGGCUAAUUCUGAACUUUCAUCUCAUCAGAAAAAGAUAUUUAAAGUUGAUGAGCAUAUUGGUGUUGCCAUUGCUGGAUUAACUGCUGAUGGACGUGUGCUUUCAAAGUAUAUGCGUUCGGAGUGUAUUAAUUAUACUUAUUCUUAUGAAUCGGAUUUGCAUGUUGGGAGACUUGUUGUUCAGCUUGCUGAUAAAGCGCAGGUUUGUAACCAACGGUCCUGGAAACGACCUUAUGGUGUUGGCCUGCUUGUAGGUGGGCUGGAUGAAUCUGGCGCUCACCUCUAUUACAAUUGCCCUAGUGGUACCUACUUUGAAUAUCAAGCUUUUGCCAUUGGAUCUCGGUCACAAGCUGCAAAAACAUACUUGGAGCGUAGGUUUGAAAAUUUCACGGAUUCUUCACGAGGAAGUCUGCUUAAGGAUGCACUUUUCGCAUUGAGGGAGACAUUGCAAGGAGAAAAGCUGACGAGUACGAAUUGCACAGUUGCUGUGGUAGGAGUAGGAGAGGCUUUCCAUGUACUGGAUAUAGAAACUAUCCAAGGAUUAAUCAAUGAAUUCGAGUUAGCUGGUGAAGAAGAAGCUCUUGCUGCAACCAUAGAUGCAGUUGCAGAUGCUGAAUCAGCAGUACCCGAAGCGAGUGAUGCCCCUACUGAUGAAGGUGCUGCACCGAUGGAUAUAUGACGGUGACAUUAUGUCCUCCUUUGAAUCUUAUUCCUUCCGUAUGCAAAAGUUUCUUAGAAUAUUGGGGUUUCCUUUGAUAGUGGACGAUCUUUUCUUGUUGAACUUGCAAUUAUGUUUUACUACUUUUGUCCAAACAUAUAAAGGGUCUCUAAUCUUUGUCAUAACUGUGCAAGAUAUUAGAAUUUCAUCGGAUGUAACCAUGCAUCAACUGGGGACAAAAUUUUACUUUGCAACGACUCACACAACUAACACAAGUUGUGUGAGGAUUGUCCAUGUUUGACAAGUGGAAUUCAGGAUUUUUAAAUCACUGCCCUACAACUUGUCGUGAUAAUGGAUACGAACUUGGUAUAAAGACAUAU